ACAUUCACAUCUAGCACGCCAUGUUCCUUUUUUUUGGUGUUUCAAUUUAGAUAAAUUCUGAUUUUGUUUUAUGAUUUAUUUUGAAAAUUUACGCAAUUAUUAAUUAUGGGAAUAGACUAGUUUUAAAUGUCAGUGGAUCCCAAUUUAAGCUUAAGAUGGAAUUGCAGAAUAGUGAUAGUAAGAAAUUAUUUAAAGUAUUUGACGCGUCUAAACGUAAACGUGGGAGGAAGAAUAGCUUUGAGGACAAUAACUCUGUAGCUACUGACGAAUCUGGUAAAUCAUUUUGUCAGAACAAAGGUCGUGGUCUUCCAUCUAAUAAAGGCAGCUCGCAAGAUGUUCCCACCUGUGAUGGCCACGGAGAUAUAUCUGGAGACAUCAACGCGAACAGAAGGCGGUGUUUCUUGGACGAUACGAUACGACAUGGUAGGACCUUCAAAGUGUACCCGACACCUUUACAAAGAGACCAAGAGAAAUGUAGUCCUUCAGGAUCGCGGUCCCCAACAGGGCACCGACACAGGGAGAGAGAGUCGACGCGACGUAGUAGAAGAACGGCGCGUGACGGUGUUUCUCUAGCUUUGAAAGCAGGUUUGGUUUCAACACCGCGCUCUAUCUCACCUGAGCAGGAACCUGACUGCCUAGAUUCUAUUCCUAAAGAUCAAGAUUCUUUUAUUUAUGCUUUCUUGGAAGAUGCAGUGAAGAGGGAUAAACGAAAACAUCGUCAUGCAAAGAAGCGAGAGAGCCGAACGAACAGAGAAAGAGACAUCUCAGGAACACGGGAGCGCAGUCAUCGAACUCGCGAUGACCAUUCUUAUCGAGAUAAAGAAAAAUCUAAUGAAGAAUGCCGACAGCCCAUAGUGGAUCAGUCUGUGCUGUUAGAAACAUUCGCUAAACUGUGUGCUCAAAUCUCCGAAAAGUCUGCACGUACAACUCAUGAAGUGGUUGCUGUGCCACGAACACUGAGUCAUAAGUCCCUGCAGUGCGAAGUUACCUCCAGGCAGGACUCUUACCAGAUGGAAGCGAAACCAAAACACAUUCGCAGCCGAGUACUAUCCAGAGACAUCUCACCCGCAUGUACGAGGAGCAAUGAUAACUUCACAUCAAAGGUUCGAAGUCGUGAUAACGUAACGGCCCCAGGAAUUGAUAAAGAGAAAUUUCCAUGUAGUCCAUAUGCUAAGGAGUCUUCUCGAUAUUUAAACAAAUUAGAUGUAAGCAGAGCUAAUGCACACGAAGCAAGACAUGAAAACAGGUACGGAGAGAGCUCUGAUUAUAAACCAGUGAGAAAUUCUAUGAAUCAGUACUAUAGAAACCAUGAGUCGCGGCAAAAAGACUACAAAGAUUACGAUGAGUUGCAAGACGAAAGAUACGGUUAUUACGAAGAUAGACCCAAAUAUUGUGAACGUAAAACUAGCAGAAGCUUUGAAAUGCAAAAAGAUAAUAUACAUGAUGAGAAUAUUAAAAAGUCCUCUCGAAGCGAUUCUCUUAAAGCGAAAGAUUAUGAUGAACGAUAUUUAAGAGGCAGAAGGAAGGAUGAAAAACAUUUAAAAGAGAGAUACUACGGUGAAAGAGAAUUGAGAGAACGGAACUAUUCACAAUUCAAAGAGAGACGUGAUAGACGGAAUAUUGAGAAGUGUGACAGAAGCUCGUCUGCUUCUAGGGAGGAGGACUACAAAGAUCGAGACAGAUAUGUAGAACGAGAAAGAGACUCGGGACUAAGUGUUGCUGAUGGAGAAACUAGCACUAUAAGUGGACGGAGCAAUUAUUUGAAAGUUGUUAAACAAGAAAUAACAGAGCAGAGGGAGGCUAUGGACAAAAUGAUGAAUCUCUGGAAAGAGCUGAUGAGAUGUUUCAAAGGAGUACAGCCGGUUCCAUGCAAGGAUAAAGAAGAACUAGAGACUGCAGAGAACGUGCAAGAGUCAGCAGCAGCGCAGCUGACGCUGUGGCGAGAGUGCAUGCGACGCUAUGAGACUGUAGCGAGAGAUGUCGGGGAUACUGAUGCCAGACUAAAGACUAUACAGGAGGAGAUCAACAAGCAACGAACAGAGAUGGCGGAAAUGGGGAGCAUGUGGCAGGAGUGUCUGCAGCGGUACCGAGAUAUGAGCAAUGAGUUCAACAACCUUAAGGAGCAGCUUGCAUCGGUUAGUCCCACUAGGGCUCCACAGCCCCCCCUAGUGUGUGCUGAAGGCGAGGGUGUUCCGCCCUCGGCGCCCUACCGCAUGCCACCCAAUAUGCCCUAUCCACCCAUGCAGUCAAUGCCCUCGAUGCCGACUGGUUACCACGGGUCCCCGCUGCGUUCCCGCGCCUCAGCACCUCCCUGGUGGUGGAAUGGUGAGCCUGCAGGCCCGGAGCCACCAGCACCUCGCAGGAGAUCCCCACCCGACUCCUCACGGGAGAGGAGACAUCGUCACAAGGAUAGAGAGCGAGAUACAUCACGCCAUAAAGAUAAGCCAUCGAAACCGAGCGCCGCACGAUCUGAGCAUAGACAUAGAAAGAGAUGAUCAUAUUAUCUCUUCACCCACACCUGCUGCUGUUCAUUAAUCAAAUUUAAAGUUCCAAUUUAGCAGUGCGAAAAAGUGUGUGUUUUGUAUAUUAUGUAUUGUUUUUAUAUAAAAUUUUAAAAUC